UAAACCACGCAUCUGGGGCUGACUCGUUCUUUCGCAAAAUUUCUGGGAGGAGCCCUCAGGGCCACAAAACUGUCUCCUUCGUGGGGCCAGACUGAGAGGUGCAGGGAGACCACGGAGAGGAGCAGCCGCCGGACAUGGGCCGCCCGCCGCUGCUGCUGCCGCUGCUGCUGCUGUCAAUUCAGGCCAGCAUUCCAGGCACUCUCCUAAGCGCCUUCCUUGCAAUUUCGAACUUGGCAGGCGGAACAAUUGAGCUCACAGAGAAGGAAACGGAGGCACAGAGAGGUGAACUAAGUGACCCGAGGUCACUGACCUCCUGGGGCCUGCAGUGCAUGCUGUGUAAAAGCAACGGGAAUUGCAGGGUGGAAGAGUGUUCCCCCGGCCAGGACCUCUGCAGGACCACAAUCCUGCGCAUACGGGAAGGAGAUGAGGAGCUGGAGGUGGUGGAGAGAGGCUGUGCCCACCCAGAGAAAACCAACAGGACCAUGAGCUAUCGGAUAGACAUGCAGAUCAUCACCCUUACAGAGUUCAUCUGUGGGUCAAACUUGUGUAACCGGCCCAAACCGAGUCGGCCUCCUCUCUUUCCUCGAAGGCGUUACCUCGAAUGUUCUUCCUGUGCCUCAUCAGACCUGAGCUGUGAGAGGGGCUGGGACCAGAGCCUGCAGUGCCACAACCCUGGAGAACAGUGCCUGGAGGUGGUAACUCACCGGAGCCUAGAAGAGAGUCCAAGGGAUGAGCGCCACACCCGAGGCUGCGGCAACCUUCCAGGAUGCCCAGGCCCAACCGGCUUCCACAAUAACCAUACCUUCCACUUCCUGCGGUGCUGCAACACCACAAAAUGCAAUGGGGGCCCAGUCCUGGAGCUUCAAAACCUGCCACUGAAUGGUUUCCAGUGUUACAGCUGUGAGGGGAAUAGCACCCAUGGAUGUUCCUCCGAAGAGACUUCCCUCACUGAAUGCCGAGGUCCCAUGAAUCAAUGUCUGGAAGCCACAGGCACUAAUGGGCUGGGGAACCCAAGCUACACCAUAAGAGGUUGUGCAGCCCCCUCCUGGUGCCAAGACCUCCAGGUGGCUGAAGCCUUCGGCCUCACCCAUGUCAACGUCUCAUGCUGUACCGGAAAUGGCUGUAACAAUCCAGCCCUGGACAUCCAGCCCCGCAUUGGGGGCGCCCACCAGUCUGGCCCUGCUCACCUCAACCUCAUUGUCAUCCUGCUUGUGACAGCCCGACUCUGGGGAGGCGUUCUCCUCUGGACCUGAACCCAAACCCCACAUUCCUCCUGCCCUGGCUGGAUCCAGGGGUCCCCUUUGCUCUUCCCUCAGCUCCCAGCCAAGCAGACUUGCUGUGUGACCUCAGGCCAGUAUGCUGCCCUCUCUGGGCCUUAGUUUUCCCAGCUGUCAAAACCCCUAUCUCAUAGAGCUGUGAGAACCAGAGGAGAAAAGCUAGAGAAGGCUGUGGGCCAGCAGGUGAGAGCUCUUAUGAUGAUUAAUAUUGUUGCCUCUAUCGUUAUUAUUAAUUAAUAUUUGUUUUAUUUAAUGUUUUAUACUUAAAUAAAGAUUUUUUGUACCAGUGAACAAGGCCAGAUCUGCCCUUCUCCAUAGACGAUGAGUGAGUGGCACCUUUCCUCAGGCUCCUAGAAUUAGGGGUCACAUUGUAGGACCCAGGCAUUCAAGGCCCCAGCUUUGGAAGCUAUCCCAUGUAAGUUUCUGCCCUAAGCUGUUCCCACCUCUAUUUCUGGGCUCCAGAUGCAACCUUCCAACUCACUCACCCAAGCACUAACCUUCUAGUCUCUUCUCCCAAACUCGAAAGGUCAAGACUACUUUGUCCUAAGGAGAUGUGACUGCAUUUCCUGGGGGGCUCUGAGACAGGAGAUCAAAUAGGACAUAACCCCUGGAUGCCCUGCAACGGGGAGUAAGGACAGAACUACAUUUCCCUGCUGCUCUGGGGGCAAGAGAUAAAGGCUGGGCUGUAUUUCCUAGGAUGCCCUCAGACUGACUGAGAAAAGGACAGAACUAGCAUUUCAAUGGUACUCUUUGAGCGCAACAUUGAAGAAUGGGUGUUUCCCAUGAUUUGCUGAGGCAAACCCACAGAGACAAAAAAAAUUAUGUUCCCAUGAGCCCAAUGGCAUAUGAAGAAAAGGACAUUUUCCAUGGUAUCUGGGGGCAGAUGAGGGACAACGUUUCUUUUUAGGAUCUCCUCCAAACAAGUGCCCCCAGCUGUCAUUGUGGUAGCUUAAAGAGGUGGGGUCGAUAUCUCCGCCUCUUGAACAUGAGUGGUUCUGUGACAGCUUUGGCCAAUGGAAUGUGGUGGAAGUUAUGCGACGCCACACUCUGCGCCCAGGCUUUAAGAAACUGUCCAGCUCUGGGGAAGCCAGCUGCCACAUCAGCAUCCUUCUGCCCUGCUCUGAGGACACCCAAGCUACUUGUGCACGGACGCCCACUGGAGAGAGAGCCCGAGAUGUUCCAGCCAUCUCAGCCCAGGCACCAGCCAAGUGGGCGCAGGAGCAACCCUGAACACGGCAACCUCGGCAGAUGUAACGUGCAGGAGACCUGGGAAACCCAACUGUUCUCAUUUCCUGCGGCCGCCAUGAUAAGUUACUACCAACUUACAGAUGAGGUGGCUUCAAACAACAGAAAUUUAUUCUCUCAGACUUCCAGAUGCUAGAAGUCCGAAAUCAAGGUGUUGGCAGAGCCAUGCUCCUUCUAAAAUCUCUGGGGAAGAAUCCUUCCUGGCCUCUUCCUUGCUUCCGGGGGUUUUGCCGAUGGUCCUUGGUGGUCCUUGUCUUGUGACUCCAGUCUCCACCUGUGUCAUCACAUGGCCUUCUUUUCUGUGAAUAUGGCUGUGUGUCUCCAAAUCUCUCUCCCCUUAUCAGGAUACCAGCAUUGGAUUUAGGGGCCCACACUAAUCCAGUAGGACCUCAACUGUUUUUUUUUAAUGGAGGUACUGAGGGUUGAACCAGGACCUCAUUCAUGCUAAGCACGCAGUCUACCACUGAGCUAUACUACCCGCCUCAGUAUGACCUCAUCUUAAUCACAUCUGCAAAGACCCUACCUAGUUCCACAUAAGGUCACAUUCAUAGAACCUGGGUGUUAGGGUUUUAACAUAUAUUUUGGGGAGACACAAUUCAACCUGCAACAUCAGGCAACAGCCAGAACCAAGGUUUCAGAUCUGUGGCCCCAGAUGAAUUAGCCUGUCCAUCUCCAGCUGUGGAAGGCAGCCCAUUUUGGCCCCAGUCCACUGUGGAGCAGAUAGGCACUGAUCCCACUGUGCCUCGCUCAAAUUCCCAACCCACAGAAUCACAAAAUAAAGAGGUUAUAGUUUUACAAGGUGGAGUUUGGGGGUAU